GCGGCACACCACCACCGGGAUAGCAAUCGGGUUACUCAUCCGGAAUCAUUCUAGUCCGAGUAUGCGAUGGCAGCGGGAAGAGCAGCCGCGACGCUGGAGGAUCCGGGUCCGCCCAGCGGCCAGGACAUAGCCAGCGACAACAGCGCCCAGCGCCGCACGCUGGCGACGAAGGUGCGGCGAAAAGGGCCACGCCCCCAGCGGCGCCUGCACCCACCCCUGCGCCCCCGCCUGCCACUCCAUUUGCACCUGCUACUGUGGCUGCUGUGCUGCUGUUCCCAGCUGGGCCAGCUGAGGGCCGAGUGCCCAGCGGUGUGCGAGUGCAAGUGGAAGAGCGGCAAGGAGUCCGUCUUGUGCCUUAACGCCAACCUAACCCACAUCCCGCAGCCGCUGGACGCGGGAACCCAGCUGCUGGACCUUAGCGGCAAUGAGAUCCAAUUAAUACCCGACGAUAGCUUUGCGGCGGCCCAGUUGCUCAACCUGCAGAAGGUGUACCUGGCCAGGUGUCACCUCCGACUGAUCGAACGCCAUGCCUUCCGUAAGCUGAUCAACCUGGUGGAGCUGGAUCUGAGCCAGAACCUGCUAUCGGCCAUACCCUCGUUGGCCCUCUACCAUGUCUCAGAGCUAAGGGAGCUCCGACUGAGCGGCAACCCCAUACUGCGAGUGCCGGACGAUGCAUUUGGUCAUGUCCCACAACUGGUGAAGCUGGAGCUGAGCGACUGCCGCCUGUCGCACAUCGCUGUGCGAGCAUUUGCCGGGCUGGAGAGCAGUCUGGAGUGGCUGAAACUGGAUGGGAAUCGGUUGAGCGAGGUCAGGAGUGGCACCAUCACCUCGCUGGCUUCGCUGCAUGGCCUGGAGUUGGCCCGCAAUGCCUGGAAUUGCAGCUGCUCCUUGCGUCCUUUGAGGUCCUGGAUGCUGCAGCAGAAUAUACCGAGUGGCAUACCGCCAACAUGUGAGUCUCCUCCAAGAUUGUCCGGCAGGGCUUGGGAUAAGCUCGAUGUGGAUGACUUUGCUUGCGUUCCGCAAAUUGUGGCCACGGACACCACAGCCCACGGAGUGGAGGGCAGGAACAUAACCAUGAGCUGUUACGUGGAGGGAGUUCCCCAACCGGCUGUCAAGUGGCUGCUUAAAAACCGACUGAUAGCCAAUCUCAGUGCUGGCGGGGAUGGUGACUCCGAUUCGGAGCCCAGAACAGCGGCAGCGACUCAGGGCAGGAAGACUUAUGUGGUCAACAUGCUGAGGAAUGCCUCGAACCUGACCAUUCUCACGGCUGACAUGCAGGAUGCCGGGAUCUAUACGUGUGCGGCGGAAAAUAAGGCUGGAAAAGUGGAGGCCAGUGUGACUCUGGCAGUGUCCCGAAGACCCCCGGAAGCUCCCUGGGGCGUAAGAAUUAUCCUGCUGGGGGCUGUAGCCGCCCUGCUCCUCGUCGGUGGAUCCUCCUUUGCGGCCAUUUGCUUGUGUUCGCUGCAAAGGCGGAGAAAGUUGCGUCUCUGGAACUCUGUGCCUCCGGUGAGGAGAAGUGAGAGCUACGAGAAGAUCGAGAUGACGGCCAGGACGAGACCGGAUCUGGGUGGAGGUGCUAGUUGCGGUGGCGGCAGUGCCACAGGCGCCGGACUCUUUCACGAUGCCGAGGAGCAGGGCUAUCUGCGGGCAGCUCAUACGCCCCUAAAUGGUAACGAUGCCGGGCAGGCGGCGGCCAUCGUUAAUCCGAGUGCAGGAAGUGUACAGCGGAGAAAUGGGGACUACCUGCAUGUGUCCACCCACUGCGAUGAUGAGGAGGAGGAGCAACAGCUGCACCACCAUCCACAGCAGCAGCCCGCGAGCCAGCACCACCCACAUCCCAAUCAGCAACAGCAGCAGCAGCAGCAGAGGAAGGGCUCCCAGGGCCAUGUUGUCUCCGCAUCCGGGGCGAAUAAUUCAGCACCGCUGGAGGAAACGGAUCUGCACAUACCGCGCCUCAUCGACAUCGGCGGCACCGAUUCCGCAUCGAGCUCGAUCUCCAGCCAGGUAGACGCUGCCGCCCGCUUAGCGGGCUAUGCCGGACACACCUGGAAGACCACACCCAUUGCCACCACCAAGAUCAAUUCCCCGCACAGCAAGCCAGUGACCUCGACGGCACCUUCGUCCCUGAAUACACAGGCCACGCCAUACGCCCACUAUGAAAACCAUCCGGCAGACGAAAUGGCCACCUCGGUGUUCUGCAGCGAGGGGCAGGAGAGCGACCUGUUCGAUAGCAACUAUCCGGAUCUGCUGGAUAUAGCCAAGUAUGCGGUGGCCCAGGCGCAGCAGGAGAGUCGUGGUCAGGGGUAUGCCCAAGCCACGCCCACUCCGAACGGGGGCUUGUGCACGCUCCCCCGGAAACUAAAGACCAGUGGAAAGUACUUCCGCAACUCCUCGGAUAGCCAAUCACCCCUGUUGGCGGAUAACUCCAGUAAAUAUGGUAGUAGCACCCUGGGCGAUGGCAGCUUCCUGAACGAAGCGAUGGGUCUGGGCAGAAGGUAUUCUGCGGAAUCGAGUUAUGCAAACUACUCGACCACGGCCACCUACACGGGCGGCGGCCAGCGGGCCAAUAGUUUCCUUAACCUGGUGCAAAGUGGCGCCCACAAGGGCAAUCUACUGCCGGGUCACCUGGGCCAGAAGCCCAGCCUGCCCUCAAGCCCGGUCCAGCAUCAGCGAUCUCUGUCGAGUGCGGCCACGCCCCUAUUGGACUUCUCAGCCCUGGCAUCAAGGGCCGCCGGAGCGGCCAACUCAUCGGUGGCCGCCUACGAUUAUCAUGCCGCGCAGCUGGAGAGAUUCCUGGAAGAGUAUCGCAACCUGCAGGAUCAGCUGUGCAAGAUGAAGGAGACCUGCGACACAAUCCGAAAAAAGGAGACUCCUUUGCGAGUGGCCAUUGGUCAGUCGGCGGCGCAGUUGGCGGACCCCGUGAUGUACAGUGCAGCCUCGCACAGUCCGAAACCGCCAGCGACCAGCAAUCUGAAGACAAAGACCCUACUCCCAGGACAACCACCCGAUCCACCUCCCUACUGGUUACACCGAAACGCCAUGCUGAAGCGCUUAAAUGGGGAUGGCAGUGGUGGUGCUAAUGGUUCAGGUGGAUCUCCCGCCUCUCCGCAGCCCGGACAGGAUAUUUUCAAGAGCUAAUCGCAAUUGUGUACAGCCGGAGGAUUAGGUGAUGGGGCAGAAGGAAAUAAGAGAGACUUUGGUCCGCCAAAGAUGGCAUGAGCUUGCAGGAAUCUACACAGCCUCGUAUCAAUAUUUAAAAGCUUAUAAUUUACUACAUAUAUUUUAUAUACGUUCACACGCUUAGUCAUAGCUACAAAAGUAUUUUUCAAAUUACAGCCCCUUGUGCAAUUUACAAAAGCAAAUAAGAA